CCCUCACAAUCCCUUCUGCUUCCUUUGACCCUCUUUCCACCUCUCUCCUCACAGUCGAGUUCUCUCCUGGUAUAUUGCUUCUCCUCCACGUGGCUCACGGCUAUCGGCAUCUCCACCUGCAGCGAUCAUCGCAGCCGCGCCCCUCGUGCUCAUGGCACCCGAUGGUGCUCCCCGCGAUUAAACCAGACAUCAUGACCGAGGCCGACGAACAACCCUCCAAGCGUCGGCGACGCAGUCGGCGCGCUCCCUCCGAUCGCAAGUUCGAAUGUACACAUGAAGGCUGUGGGAAGAGUUAUUCGCGCGCCGAACACUUGUACCGGCAUCAGUUGAACCAUACCCCGAAACAAAUCUUUCGCUGUGAUUUCCCCAAUUGUUACCGCUCCUUCGUGCGCCAGGACCUCUGUAUUCGUCAUCGCGAACGCCAUACUACCCGCGGAUCCCAACUGCAGAAGCGCGAUAGCUUCGCCCACGACAGCCUCGAUGAAUCCCCGCAUAAAUCGCUUAUCCCGGUGUCGUCACCGUCGUCGCCUUCGAUGACAGCGGCGGAUUACCCUUUCAUGACGGAUCCUCCUGCGCCGAGCUCUAAAUCCCCGUCAAAUACGACGAACAAUUUCUCCCUGCCUACCACUACACCUACUACCAUCGACACGGCUGGAGUUCCUGUUUCCGGCUACACUGAUUUUGGUGUCAUCAGUCAACCGGACCCCAUGCUGGAAUUCGAUUCCAUGUCCAAUGCCUAUCCGAUCUUUGGCGGCGAGACGUAUAACCGGUCACCCUUUGCGAUGGCGGAUGAUUUUGCGGCGUGGUUGUUCAGUGAGCCGCUUGCUCCGCUGGGGUACGGUAUGAUGCCUUUUGUGCAGAAUCAGUUCUACACGAACGAGCCUUCGUACAAUAAUUUUUGUACUGUGAUCCCCCAGCAUCCCAUGAGCGUGACUAGUAUUCUAGAUUCGACCUCGUUGCCGGCUAUUAUCUCGGAGGAGAAACGGCAGGAGUUGCUACAUCUCAUGGCGACUCGAUUCAAUGAGGCUGCGUACUCGGCAGAAGGCAAACGAAAGGAUGCGCUGAUGGAUGGCGAUUUGGAUAAUGAUCGACAUGUGUUGAGUCUACGCAUGAUGCAGACUUAUAUCGGGUCUUACUGGUAUCAUUUCCACACGCAGUUGCCGAUUCUGCAUCAGCCUACUUUUGCGGCGGACCGCACACCGAAUUUGUUGCUGCUCGCGGUGAUGGCUAUUGGAGCUGCGACGCUGGAUAAAGCGCAUGGACAAGCCGCGACGGAGACUGCGGCAGAACUGGCCAGCUUUAUUGCAUGGCAUCUGCGCUGGGAGAUUUUCAUGGAUGCCGAUUUCAGACCACCCGCGCGGUUAUGGGUGUUCCAAGCUCUGCUCCUGCUGGAAGUCUUUGAGAAAUUGUUUUCUACGAGGGCAUUGCAUGAGCGGGCUCAUAUCCACCAUGACACGACGCUCACGCUUAUGCGUCGUGGGAGCUCGCUCAUCGGUCGGUCCUCCUUUGACACACCCGAAUCCAAGGAGGAGGAUGAGUCGUGGACACACUGGAUCAAGGCUGAAGCCACAAGGCGUGUUGCAUUUGCAGCGUUCGUACUCGACUCAACCCACGCGACUAUGUUUGGACACUCGGCGAAGAUGGUCGCGCAUGAACUACGAUUACCAUUACCCUGCGACGAAGCAUUAUGGGCCGCGACAAGUGCCGCAGAAGUUGCCCGUGUCCAAUCCAGUCUGCAGUCACAUGGUGUCCGACCGAUCAUGUUCCUGGACGGACUCAAGCGCACGCUAAACGGCCAACCAGUCCGAACAAAUACCUUUGGUCGGAUCAUCCUGAUGGCGGGACUACUCAGUGUGAGCUGGCAUUUGAACCAGCGAGAUCUACAAGUCAGCUCUCUGGGUGUGGGCCAGACGCUCGGCGGCCGUGAUAAAUGGCGGACAGCCCUGCUACGCUCGUAUGAUAACUGGCGACGCGACUUUGACGAAGCCCUUGGUCGGGCCACAACCACCGAGUCGGAGUGCCGCGACGUCCUGCACGGUCUCGCACAUAUGGCCUCGCAUGUCGAUGUCGCGGAUCUCCAGAUCUUUGCAGGCGCGGGCCGAUUAAUGGGCCGAUCGAUUACAGCACGCGAUUAUAGUACCGCGCGGGAAAAGACCGGUCGCUGGGCGACCAAGGCCUCUGCGCGAGACGCCACCUUUUACGCUCUGAAAUUCUUGAAAACGUGUUUCUCAGAUCCAGCCGUGGAGUCUGGGGAUUAUAUUGCUCGAGAUGAUUACCUGCUUAAUCGACCGUGGGUGAUGUACUUUGCCGCGCUGGUGGUGUGGUGUUAUGGGUUCGCGUUGGAUGGACCCUUGCGACCGCCGCCGGCGUUGGCGACGCAUGCUGAUCGACGGAGAGAUAUGCAGGCGUUUUUGGCAAGGGUCGGUGGCGUACGGGAACCGAAUGAUUUGGAGGGGAUGAAGGGAAGGAAUGGGUGUUUGGGGAUGUUGAUGAUUUUGAGAGAUUCGUUUGCGAAUCCUAGAUGGGAGUUGUUGGGGGAGGCGGCGCGGCUGCUGGACAGUUGCAUUGCGAAGUUGCAGUCGUAG